UAAUUUGCGUGGUUAUGCCUCAUGAUUUCAUGAAUCCUACAUAGAUUCUCUCCACUUCGAUAUUUACAUUGGAUUGUACAUUUGUACUUGGAAGAAUCGUCGGAAAAUGGAGAGAGGUUCUCGGCGCACUCGGUCGCAGGCGGCGCCGGACUGGACGCUACAGGAGUCGCUAACACUGGUGAACGAGAUCAAAGCGGUGGAGGCGGAGGCCGGAGCCACGAUGUCGUCGUUCCAGAAGUGGCAGCUCACGGUGGAGCACUGCAACGCGCUCGACGUCUGCCGGAGCAUGGACCAGUGCAAGCGCAAGUGGGAAUCGUUGCUCGACGAUUACCGGAGAGUCAAGCCCUGGGAGGCCAAGUACUGGACGGCGUCGUUUGGUGACAGUCGAAGGAAGGAAUUAGGGCUUCCGGAGGGUUUCGAUUUGGAGUUGUUCGAAGCCGUUGAUGCGUAUGUGAAAAUGCAGGGGAUGGACGCCGGCGGGGCGGAUACGGACCCGGACCAGGACAGUGAUCCGGAAGCUCAGCCUGAUGACUCCUUGAUCUUCCUGGAAAGAGGCUCAAAGAAGCAACGGCGAAGAAGCAACACUCGCAAGCGCAGAGCUGAGGAAAGUUUACAUUCUUGGAGAUACGCCUUAAGUGGAAGCGUGAAGCAGGAGCAACCGAGCUUGGGUGAAAAAGUGGAACCUCCAAAGGUUCAGCAUUCCGCCAUGGAGAUAGAGGGCGAACCUUCUGGCUUGGGUGAUAAGGUAGAAGAACCUCCCGAGAACAAAGAAGGGGAUAACAUCAUGGCUGAGCCAUCCAUUGGUGAAGAUAAACAAGAAAUGAUGGCUUUAACUCUGCAGAAAAACGCUGAGCUUAUAAAUGCUGUACUGGAAGGUAAUUUUGCGGAGGAUGGAGAUGACGACAUGAUGAAUUCAGUGCCCGAUCCUACUGAUUUAGCGAGGCUCCAAGCCGACAAGCUCAUCAAGUACCUUGGAAAAAUCUCAGAGACCCUUGGUCAGCUCUGUGAGAUAGUGCAAGAAUGUAAGUAGUUCUGCAGCAAUCAAUUCACCUCUUCAGUCUCUCCUGACUGUAAAUAUGAUUAUUAACUUUCUGCCAAAACAAAUGUUUUAUAAACCAAAUAGAUGUAGAAUGACGUAACUAGGAGAUGGGAUCAUAAUUUUUUUUUAUUUUGAAUUGUUUAACAACCCAAACAAGUUUUUUUUUUUUUUUU